AUGAAGCUGCACGCCUCAUUGCAUUCAGCGUCUCUUCUGUCGCUUGCUUUGCAACCAGCCACCGCCACAGCGUCUCCGUCUACAGGCCAUCUUGCCCGUCGUGACGAUAUUCCAAACUCCUACUACCAUGACAAACAAAACGCCAAGGGCAUGCCAUACAAUCUGUGUGAUUCCUGUAGCUGCGGCGGAGAUUGGUGGCAGGGUGGCAGCUGUGCUCUCUAUCCCGACUAUUACAGCUCCCCGAACCCCCCUCCUGCAGAUGUAUACCCCGUCGUCGUGCCGACCAGUCUCAUGGAGCAAUUCGGCUCAGUAAACUCAAACAACCCAUUAUGCGGCCAUGUUAUGCAUCUGACAGGCCCAAACAACGUCACUGUGAAAGCGGCUAUUAGCGACACGGAUACUUUGGAUGGUAUUUUCAUGUGCUACGAUCUGUGGAAUGUGUUUGGAUAUGACUUAAACAGUCCAUCUUCUAUGAAUGUUACUUGGACAUUGAUUUCGAAUUAUACUAUUGGUCAAAAGGACUAA